ACGGCAGCAACAUCAGCACUUAAAUGCAGCAACAAGAAAAAUCAGCUGAAAACUGGCAAAUAAAACUCAACGACAGGCAAAAACUAUUAAAUCUCGCUGGAUGCCUGCGGCAAUAGUUAUUGUUAAGCAACACAAGCAGCAGCAGCAGGAGCAGCAGGAGCAGCGGGAGGAGCGGGAGCAACAGCAACAUCGGCAACAGGAGCGGGAACAAAUUUGCAAUAUAAAUUUAUGCGGAUUUUUGCGUCGCAGCGGCGCCGACGACGACGCCGACGUCAUCGAAUCGCGUAGUCCAGGCCCCGCUGCUGCCACAAUAGCAUCAGCAGCAGCAGCAGCAACAAGCUGUAGAUGUAGCAGCAGUAGCAGUAGCAGCACAGCAACAACAAAGGCAGCGACAGCGGCAACAACGCGAGCAGUUAUUAUAAUAAUGGCGUUAGUUGUUAGCAUAAUACAGCAACAGCAACAAAGCGACCGACAGCAGCAGCAGCAGCAACAACAAUCGCCACUUUGGCCAUUCUAUAACGGCUUGGCUGUUGCGGCUGCUUCCACCAGGCAACCGGAUGACUCCGACUCCGACACCGCGGACGGGCCCACCCUGUCGACAUUCCUGUCAUCAUCACCAUUGCCAUCCUCAUCCUCAUCCUCAUCAUCGUCAUCGUCGUCGUCGUCGUCUUCGUCCUCGACAUCUUCUUCAUCAUCGUUGUCGUUGUCCUCGUGGCCAUCCUCGCAGUCAUCAUUUGCGGUGGCGAACGGACCACAAACGGAUGCCACGAAUCACACUUUCAAGAGUUUAGCCUUCCUGGACGCAUCCUUUGGCUCCGAUCUGUUUGCCCACACGGACACGGAACGGGAGCGGGACCAAGACAUGGACCAGGACGCCUCGCAGUCGUUGCCAAUUUUCGACUUUGGCAUGCCGCGAAACAUCACCGGACGCACUGGCCACACGGAGGCCAUAAUUAAAUGCCGCGUGGACAGUCUCCAUGAUAAAUCGGUAUCCUGGAUACGGAAACGUGAUCUGCAUAUCCUGACCGUCGGCACCGCCACCUACACCACGGACAAGCGAUUCCAGGUGACAGAGUCGAAGGAUUCCAGGGAGUGGACACUGCACGUAAAAUCUCCGCAGGCGAAGGAUACGGGCAUCUACGAGUGCCAGGUCAAUACAGAGCCCAAAAUGUCGAUGGCCUUUCAACUGAACAUUAUCGAAAUCUCGCCGGAUGCCAAGGCGGUUAUCAGUGGGCCCCACGAUCUGCACUUCAAGGCGGGCAGUGCCAUAAUCCUCAACUGUCUGGUCCAACAGCCAUCGGUGAAGGACAUCGGUCCUAUUUACUGGUAUCGCGGCGAACAUAUGAUCACACCCUUCGAUGCGGACGAUGACCAGCCGGAGGCUCCAGCUGGCAGACAGGAGACUACCGGCAAGGGUAUCACCGAGGAUAUGUCACCCAAUGAUAUCAUGAGCGAGGUGGACUUGCAAAAGGAGUUUGCAACUCGGAUCGCCAUGGAAUCGCAGCUGGGCGAUACCCUGAAGUCCAGACUCCGCAUCUCGAAUGCCCAGACCACGGACACAGGGAACUACACGUGUCAGCCCACGACGGCCAGCAGUGCCAGCGUCCUGGUUCAUGUGAUUAAUGAUGAGAAUCCCGCUGCCAUGCAGAAGAGCGGAGCGAUACGGUCCUCCCCUGGUCCACUUCAGCUGCUCCAGCUGAUACUAUGCUUGGGAAUGGGAGCUGGAGUAUUGGCUGUCAGCAACUGAGACCGAAAGUUGUCCCCAGCAUCGCAGUUGUCCUCGUCCUCUACGUCGCCAUCAUCAUCAGCACUGUUAGCAUUGUAAUUGCAGCAGAACAAGAAAAUUAUGUUCCAUGACGUUGGCAGUUUUCCGUGCUGGCUGCUAGAUGCUUUUUUAGAAGGCUGGUUGGUAAACUGGCAAAAGGAAAAUGGUAAAGGCAAACAAGGCAGACGCUUUCCCUUUCAGGCGAAUGUUUGUUUUCCUUUUAAUAUUUACAUUUCAUUGUGCGAAAUGAGACACUGCAAAAUGUAAAAUGCAGAAUGCAAAGGCCGGAGGAUGGGGCAUGGAGAGCAAGGACAUGGGACGAACGACGAAGGACACAGGAGACGGGACAUGGAACUGGGAAGGCGGAAAGCGGGAUGACACUCUCUGUAAAUACCACAAAGAUGCGGAGCAGCUUACCGGAUAUAUACAUACAUACAUGCCAUUCCGGAUAUUUACAUAUAUAAAAGUGUGUAUUUUAUUUCAUUACUGAGGCUCUCCUCCUGACAAAAGGAGCCUCCUUGCACGAAUCACUUUAUAAACAUUUCAUGCUGUCUUAACACAGAGAGCCAGGCUAACCAGAGGCGAAAACAAAAAAACUAAGGAUAACAUCCACACUCAGACACACACAC